AUGUCACAGGUUCCUCUUCGCCAAUGCGAAACCCCUGAGGACUGUAUAUAUCUCGAAGUUGUAGCGACGGUGGAGGGGAGACGCACACCCACAGGUCAGCUAGAAUGGACUAUAGACUACCUGGACGCCUCCGAUCCCGCCAAUACCCGUGAUGAUCAACAUCCAGCGCUUGAGCUGCCUAGCUCAUCGCAGACAAUCGCAGGGAUUGACCCUCGCCCCACAGAGUCUGCCACGUAUCAGCAUGGUGGCUAUCCAGGACAGACAGCAUCGCGUACUUCCCUCCGCCCACCAUUUCUUGAGCACGCUCCCGGUCCUAAUAUCAGCAACAUGGCUCGCUACAAGGAGUCCUUCAAGGAAUGUGCGGAAUACAUCGAGGGCAGCAUCGAGACUUGCUUGUCAACAGGGGAGGCACAUUUUGCGGAUGCGGAGCAGAUUUUACUUGUUCGAGUUAAUGAACAGGUGGAAGACCUCUCCACGAAACGGUUGACAAUCUAG